AUGGAGAUCACAGUUAUAGCUGUAAAAGACCCGAGUGAAGCAUUGUCUACUCUUAAAACUGAAAGAAACAAUAUCGAUCUCAUACUCACAGAUUACUACAUGCCUGGCAUGAACGGUCUACAACUCAAAAGACAAAUUGAUCAAGAAUUUGGAAAUUUACCGGUCAUAGUGAUGUCAUCGGACACCAACAAAGAACAGGAGAGUUUAACUUGUGGAGCGAUGUGUUUCAUUCCAAAACCCAUCGAAAAUGAUGACUUAUCCAAGAUAUACCAACUUGCUUUAACCUAUAAGAGGAAUGGUAAGUCCAUAUUAUAUACCGAGAAUAUCCAGAAGGACAAAGAUGUUAGUGUCCCUCAGCAAAUCCAGUUGCUUCCUGCACAAGCUAAUGUCUUGAAGACCAAGAAGAAGAAGUGCUCAUCAAGAUCAGAUCCAAGAUCCGUUACCAGUACAAAUGGAAGUUGUCAUAGUACCGAUGGUUCAGGAAAAGAUCGAAAAAGAAAUUCAAACGGUAGUUCUGGUGAUGAUGUUGAGUCUCCGCCACAGCCCACCAAGAAGAAGAGUAAGAUCCAGUGGUCGGAUGAUCUUCACUUCAAGUUCUUACAAGCUAUCAACCAUCACGGUCUUGACAAGGCUGUGCCAAAGAAAAUCUUAGAGUUCAUGAACACCACACCGGACGUACCAUACUUGACAAGAGAGAACGUCGCCAGCCAUUUACAGAAAUAUCGACAAUUCUUGAGGAAAGUUGCGAAUCAAGGUUUGAGCGUUUUGCCGAAUGGGGGCAUAGACUCGAUGUUUUCCCAAGCUCACAUCAGAGCUCCGUACUGCAGCUAUUACCCACCAUCUGCUUCUUGGUACGAAACAAGUCUCAACAAUAGAUCAAUUUUCUCUAAACCUAGACAAGCUCUUGGACAGUCUAGACUCUUAUCCAACACACGUGAGCCGGUCCGCUUCAACCAAAGCCCUUACAACUACAUGAACCGGUCAUCCACCUACGAACCACGCCGUAUUGGAUCAAGCUCGUCCCUGCCCAUCAUAAGCAACCUCAACUUCUCAUACCAACAACCAUCUCAAAACGAAGGAAGAAGCUUUUUCGAACCAGCUUUGAUGGCUAACAAAACCGGCCAGUCAUCUCAAGUUCUUGAGUUUGGACAACAGGGAGUGUCGGCUACUAAUGGUAAUAACUUCAACAACAACAUGAUAAGCAGCUAUGGAAGUUUGGUUCCUAAUCAACUAGGAACGAACAGCUAUGGAAGUUUGGUUCCUAAUCAACUAGGAACAAACAGCUAUGGAAGUUUAACUCCUAAUCAACCAGGACUCAGCAGCCAUGGAAGUUUGAUUACUCCUAAUCAACCAGGAAUGAGCAGCUAUGGAAGUUUAGUCACUCCUAAUCAACCAGGAACGAGCAGCUAUGGAAGUUUGCUUACUCCUAAUCAACCAGGAAUGAGCAGCUUUGAAAUUUUAAACUCUAGUCAACCAAGACAGACUAACCAUGGUUUAACUUCUAAUCAACUCGGAAGUUUUGGAAAUUUAACUCCUAAUCCAGGAUUGAGCAGCCAUGGAAGUUUAGCUCCUAAUCAGCCAGGACUCAGCAGCUAUGGAAGUUUGACUCCCAAUCAACCAGGACCUAGCCAGUUCUCGUACGGGGUGCAAUCCUUCUUAAACAAUGAGAAUACUUCAUAUCAGCCUCAACCACCUGCCAAUGCAACUACUCAGCCACCUCCUGAAGUUCCUCAGCUAGAAAACCUCAACUUAUAUGAUGAAAACCUCGGCAGUACUAACGAGCUUCCUUGGGAUAUAAGUAACUUUCUGUUUGACCACAACAAGCAGCAACAAGGAGAAGCGGCUCCCACCACCAACUCUGACCUCCCUGCAAACUUUUCGACUGAACUGAAUCAGAAUUUCUCUCUUGAAGAAGAUGGUGACUGGACCUUUGUUAACGUCAACCAGGGUCAUUCUAAUGUUGAAACAUCGAACACUUUCGCUGCUCCAGAGAUGACUUCUUCAGUUCCCAACAUGAACCCUAAACAUGCUCAGGAACAAGUUGAUCCGGAGUUUAUCGACUGGGCGUUAUUGGACCAGCAGGAUUUGGUUAAUGAAUUCGACUUCACGAACUCUCUGUUCGACAAUGACAUGAACUGA